AAAAAUAGAAAAAUUGAAGACAUUAUUGAAUAUAAAUAACGAGGAUUUAUUCAUUCGGAACGGUCUAAAUGGCUUAUGUUUAUUUUCUCAAAUUUUCAUUACAUGACGUUUCGGAUGUACAUCCAAUCCAUUUUCCAAAGCCUAUAAAGGAAACAAUAUGCAGUAGACAACUGUGUGUCACCAGUCGAUUUUUUCAAUAUAAACUAAAUAUAUAUACAUAAAUGAUACGUUCGGAAAUCCAAUUUCACCAUUAGUAAUGACUGUUGUUCGUUGAUUACAAUAUAAUAUCGAUAUUAUUAUAAUCAACAAACAACAGUCAUUACUAAUAGUGACUAUUGCCGAAAGGGCUCUCCUACUUUGUGAAAUUGAAUUUCCGAAGGUAAGUCUACUGCUUAGUGUUUCCUUUAUAGGCUUUCGAAAAAGAAAUGUACAUCUGAAAGGUCGAGCAAUGAAAAUUUGAGAAAAUAAAAAUUGACCAUUUAGCUCGUUCCGAAUAAAUAAAUCCUCGUUUUUUAUAUUCAACAAUAUCAUUAACUUCUGGCCAGCCACGUUAACAAAACAUCGAAAAAUUAAAGUUUUAUUAUUGGCAACCUAUUGUUACAUUAUAUAUUAGAAGCACAAAUAUAGAAAGACAUUCCUUAUGUCAGGUGUUUCAUUUUUAAAGAAAACGUAUAAAUACAGCAAAUUCUAUUGAAUUUAAACAGUAUACUCGAGAAUUUUGAGCGAAAAUGAUACGUUUAAUUCAAAAACUUUUUUUAAUCACCAUUUUCACAAAUGGCAUUUAUAUGGUAUUUGGUGAUGAUGAUAAAUUUCCAGUAUACUAUGCUGAUCAAAUUCAUGAAUUUGAAUCCUUGAUAGAGCAUUUUAAAACUCUUUUGAACGAUUCCAUGAACAUUGUUGAUGACAACGCACAACUAAUUGAAUUUCUGGAUGACUUUGACACAAUUUUUAAGCCAGCGCUUAAAAGACUAUCGAAACUACAUGCAGAAUAUGCCAAUUGUUGUCAUACAUAUGAUGAUGUAUACGCAACGUAUCUGUCAAAGGCGAAUUCUCUUAAGAAAAAUGCAAAGUUCCAAAAAAUAGUCGAUCAAUGGAAUACCAUUGUUCAAAUGAGAACGGGUAUUUCUGCAAAAAUGAAAAUGGCAACGGAGCAAUUCGCAGGACUUCAAAAUGAAGGUGGAAUCUUUUAUCAAAUCUUCAACCAAGUUAAAAGCGGUAAUUAUGAUAGUUCGCUGGAUGAUGAGUGGGCUAAAGUAUGUAAACAAGCCAUUCGCAUCUCAAACGGCAUUAAAAAAACGAAAUCCGAAUUUCAAUGUCCGGAUGUUCAGCAGUUUUUAUCUAGUAUGAAAAAAUGUUUUGAAUAAAUCUAUAAUAUUUAUG